UCACCGCGGCUUGGAGCGCGCCGCCCCCAGAUGCGUGUGGGUUUCGGCGAAGGCGGCUGAGCAUCCUUCCUCCUCAUCUCCUUCCCUCCGGGUCUACGCGGCGGCAGUCUCGCGGUUAUGAGCCCCGAGCCGGUUCCGCCACCGCCGCUCCCAUGUCUCGGCUGCGACCAUGGGGAGCCUCUGGCCAAGCGAAUAGAGAAGGGAGACGAGGCCUUUCGGGCGGGCGAGUACGAGAUGGCCGCCGAGCUCCUACGCUCCGUGCUGGCCGGGCUGACGCAGCCCGAACGCGGCCUGUGCCUUCGGCUGGGGGACGCGAUGGCCCGCGCCGGCCGGUUCCCUGAGGCCCUGGGCGCGUUCCGCGGCGCUGCGCGGCUCGGGACCCUGCGGCCCGAGGAGCUGGGGGAGCUGGCGGGCGGCCUGGUGCGCGCCCUGGGCCAAAGCGGGGUGAGACCGCUGGCAAGGAAGCCGGGCUGCGUCCCCGGGGCGCUGAGUGGGGAGCCGGCAGCUUGGGCUCCCGCCGAGCCACGUGACCUGCUCCGCUGCCCGCGCUGCCAGCGGCUGCUCCAUGAGCCAGUGACCCUGCCAUGCGGGCUCACGGUGUGCAGGCGCUGCGUGGAGCCGGGGCCCGCGCGGCCGCAGGCGUGGCGCGUCAACGUGGUGCUGAGCGGCCUGCUGGAGAAGUGCUUCCCGGAUGAGGGUCGUGUGUGCAGGCUGGUCGGCCAGGAACGGAGUCUGCAGCGCCAGCAGCAGCCAGAGGCCGCGCUGCUCAGGUGCCACCAGGCCCUGGAUAUGGCUCCUGGGGAUAUUUCCUUAUUGCUGUUACGAGCAGAGUUAUACUUAACCAUGAAGAACUAUGAGCAGGCUCUACAGGAUGCCAGUGCCAUUUGUCAGAAUGAUCCUCUCUUGACUAAGGUACUUGUAUUGGUUGACUUUGAGAAAAUAAAUGGACAUCACAUGAAAGCUCAGGCCCUCUCUGGAUUAGGAAGAAGUAAGGAAGCGUUGAAGGAGUUUCUUUAUUGCCUUGCUUUGAAUCCUGAAUGUAACUCAGUGAAGAAAGAAGCACAGAAGGUUAUGUGUGGGGUGUUUUUUCCAGCUUCAGAAAAUGUGCAUCAAAAUUUAACACCUUCCAUCCAAAGCAGAAUGUUGAACACCAGAUUGAAGGCUCAGUGUCACAGCCAUAUAAACACCCAGCCUCUUCUGGAGGAAGGUGGUGAGGUGGAGACUUCUAAGAACCCAUCUGAGAAAUCUGAUGUGAUUAGAAAUACCAAUUGUUCAGUUUUAUAUUUUAUACUGAGUCUGCACCAAGAGGCGGAUAAAGCAGUGUUAGAAAGUAUUCUUCCAAUAGCACCCAACACCGGUUUAAAGAGACAGUUUCCAAAUGACUUAAAGGAUGCUCAUGACGUGACUGACACCCCUGGAAAAGUCCCCAAGAAAGAGACAGAUUCCUUACCUCAAAGGAACAUAAACUCUGACAUAGGAGGACGUCCAAGACUCUUGGUAGAUGUAGCUGACUUUGAAUGUGCCCUUUGCGUGAGGUUGUUCUUUGAGCCUGUCACCACACCAUGUGGACAUACAUUUUGCCUAAAAUGCCUUGAGCGCUGCCUCGACCAUGCCCCACAUUGCCCAUUGUGCAAAGAAAAACUUUCAGAAUUGUUGGCAAGCAGAAAUUUUAAUAUAACUGUUCUGGCUGAAGAAUUAAUAUUUCGAUAUUUGUCAGAUGAACUGUCUGAUAGGAAGAGGAUUUAUGAUGAAGAAAUGACGGAACUGUCAAAUCUGACCAGAGAUGUCCCCAUCUUUGUGUGUGACAUGGCCUUCCCUACCGUCCCCUGUCCACUCCACGUCUUUGAGCCCUGCUACUGGCUUAUGAUAAGAAGAUGCAUGGAAACUGGCACCAAGCGGUUCGGCAUGUGUUUAUCUGCUGAGCACGCAGGGAUCUCAGAGUACUGCUGCAUGCUGGAGAUUAAGGGCGUCAGGACAUUUCCUGAUGGCAGCUCAGUUGGGGACGCAAUUGGCAUUAGUCGGUUCAGAGUCUUAAGCCUCCGUCACCGAGACGGCUACAACACAGCAGACAUCGAGUAUCUUGAAGAUGAAAAGGCGGAAGGCCCAGAGUGUGAGGAACUCACUGCUCUUCAUGAUGUGGUUUAUCAGCAGUCCAUGUCCUGGUUUACUUCACUCCCGGAUAACAUGAGAGAACAAAUUUUAAGUCAUUUUGGGUUAAUGCCAGACAGGGGACCUGAGCUGCAGAGCAAUCCUAGUGGUCCCACUUGGUCCUGGUCGAUCCUGGCAGCGUUGCCAUUGGAACGCAAGGCUCAACUGGCUAUACUUGGCAUGACCUCGCUUAAGGAGCGUCUGCUCGCCAUUAGACGAAUAUUAGUCAUCAUCACACAUAAGAUGAAUAGUCGGCAAGAGCUGGUUAAUAGCAGAGAGAGAAACAAUUGAUUCUCUUUCCAGUCAAGGUUUCUGGAAGCCCUCGUACUUCCAUGAGGAUUGCCAAGCAUCGACGAGCAGCAUCCCAUUCAUGGCGCUUUGUAAAAUGCUUGUUAAUAGGUUAUGAAAUGGAACACUUAGCAAACAUUGACUCCUACUUAAAAGUUAAAAGUCUGUGCCUGGUGGAAUCUGACUCUGUAUAAGGAUAGCCUGACAUUUGAAUGGAGCCAAUGGUUGCAAAACAACCUAAGAAAAUCUCUUUGAAGCAGAUACUUCUGGCUUGCAGUUCCCUGACAGCAUGGACGCCACAGGUGGUUUAAUGUGGUUUAGGUUUUGCAAGAAAGAAGGACUCCCUCCCCAGCACAGCACCUUGCUACACCUGAUGGGAACAGCAUGCUUCAGGGGCCAAACAAGAAGAGGGAAGCCACAUUUUUAUCUGGAAGUAGAUUUCUUAGAGCAUAGGCUAACUAAAAAUUCAUUUAGGCUUUGUGUGUCACUGUGAAGUUGUCUUUGAAACUGAGGAAUCAAACCAACUGUUCAGCGCAGGAGCCAAAAUUAAGCCUUACCCAAGAAGCAGUAGCCACCGGAGAGAACUGUGUUUUAUAUCCUGCAGUAGUUCAAGAUGUUGUAAAUUGCGCGUUGUAAUCAGGUGUCAACAUACAAGAAGGUACACCUGGGAUAUAGAAAUAUUUGAGGCCAGUAUAGUAUUUAUACACAAUAAAGAGUGAGCCAACAUGAGUUAAAACUAUGUGCAUUGGGAUAUGAAAUGUACAAACCAGCCCUUGAAAGCACACCCUUCCUUGUCUCAUGGAGUCAAUGCUACUGAGCAUUUAGGAAAUAGUUAUUUUUUUCUACUAGGAUUUGGAUUAGAAAUUAGGCCCAUCAGUAAAUUUGCAUUCACCAUCCAUCCAUUCACUAGUAUAUACAGAUAUUAAAAAGCUGCUAUGAAAUGGGAAUCUAUGGAUUCCAGGAAAAUAUACCAGGAGGAUUUUCAAGGAGUGGGAAGCUGGUAUGGGAUGUAAAUACUCAGCAAGUUUUUCUCCAACAUCAACCUAAAAAUUGCUUUUUGGCGGGGGCGGGGGUGGGGCGCGCUAAUGGUUUCCAAUGACCAGAGCAGGUACUAUCCAUUAAAGAACAAUACACAUAACUUCCAACCUCUAAUGCAACCUCUAAUGCAUGUUGGUAACAUUGAUUGGAAUAACCAUUCGAACCCGACAUAUAGAACUAUUCUCACUGACCUAAUGAGCUGGUACGUUUAGUUGGCUUCUUGGACCAUGUGGUGGGUGUUCUUAAGUGAAAGGUGACAGGGAGCAACCUACAGAUGUGAGUUUCUCUUUAUUUAUUCAAGGCAUAAGAUUUUUAAGUUUUAAAAGAUAUGUCAUAAUACUAAAUGGUAGUUGAUCAAUUCAUCAUGCUUUAGAAAGACGUUAUAAUCGUAAUUUUAAAAAUCGUAGUUUUUGAUAGCUAUAAUUGAGUUUCAUCAUGGAGGUUGAAAAAUACUAUACUCGUGUGACCUAGAAAAUUUGAUAGUAUUUUCCAAUCAGAUAUUUCCAGUGCCUUGCAUAAUUGUGAAUUUUAGAUCUCAUCUUGAACAUGAUUUAAAGGCCAUUUGGCCAAGUGAUUUCUAGAAGAUUUUAUUCAUGUACUGUAUUAAAAGUAGUACUCAGCUUUCUUAGGCAUUAUAAACUAACCUGAUCAUUUAAAAGAAGAAAACACUUGGUCUAGCAUGCCAGAAGACUUGUAUUAGAAAUGGUUCAUGAAAACAGCUAUGUGUUGACCAGUCUCUUCCUCUUUUAGGAAGUCUUUUUCUACCUGAAAACCAUAUCUGGGUAGUUACCAUUGCUGUUUUUAUUUGGGGAGCCUAAAUAACCACGCUGUCAUAAUUUCUCUAGGAUCCUCCCUGAAGUUUCUAUACUCAGAGUAUUAGGGCUUUUUCCAUAACAACCAGGAGCUAUAGCUUUCUCAGCCCCACUCUUCAAAUGUCAUAACUCACAUUCUUUAACCAGAACCAUUAAGUUAUCCCUUCCUGAUUCUGUUUGCUUCUUUCUGAGUCAUCUUCUGAGUAUUCUUAUAUAAAAGCCUGUUCAGCUGUAAUGAUGCAGACUGGAGCAACAAAAACCUUUGUUGUUUUUGUUUUUUAAAAACAGAGGGAAUGACUGAUCACCUCACACUCUGUCCAGGAUCCCACCUCCACGUAGUGCAAAGUGGGAGUAGGUGGGUACUUCCUAAGCACUUAGGCUACGUUAUUUAUUGGGAAGUCAAACCAAGGAAAUAAUAUCCCAAGCCAUAUUAUGAAGGAAGCUUCCUCGUACAAACUUAAGAGACCCAAACACCAGUUUGCUGCAAAUCUAGUUAAAGCAGGACAGUGCCCUUUCUUCUCCCUGCCCUGCCAACCACACCACUUUUCUAUGGUGGAGAUGUCAUUUCUAAGGAUUUCUCAGAAAAUAGUGUAAUCUCUCCUUCAAAGUCAGAGCAUUCCAGUUUAAUUUUACUGAAAAUGUUCCAGCACUAAAGCUCUCCUCACAUCAGAAUAAAAACAGCAUCUAUUAGAGUAAGGACGGUGCAGGGGGAAACCUUUCCUCAAGUACACACUUGAACUGUGGUACACUCUGCUUGGCAUUUCCCUUCACACCCCUAAGUGUCUUGACCCAUAAUUCUAUCUCUGCCUGUGUCUUUGAAAUGCAGCUGAUACCCUGGCAGGCAGUAUUCUGGAAGCCCAUGAGAUUUUUAGGGUAUCAUAUCUCCUCUGUCCCUGUCUUCAGAAAGUUAGAAUAUAUUUUUUUAAGUUCCUAAUGAAAACAAUUUAAAAAUAUAAGUUUUAUCCAUGUAACCACAAUCAUUUUUAUCAAUUUACAUAUCAAAUUUUUGAGUAUUAUCCCAUUUUUAUGACCACAAAAGAUGUCCUCUCUUUUCUAACUACCCCUUCCCCUCACCCAGACCAAAAAAAAACCAAAAAACAAAAAACAAAACUGUUUAAUAAGUUGUAUCUCAAUUGGCAGUUGUUGUACUCAAUAUCUCAUUGUCUGACUUAGAAGUCAUGAUUUUUAAGCUGCUUUUUAAAAAGUACUCAUCUGUUUCUUCUUCCUUUCUCCUUUUGUGUUGUCUCUUACCGCUUAAAUUACUUCAGUUAAAUACCACUCUUUAAAAUUUAGAUGCUAUCUAUCAAAUAGUUAAAAAAAGGAAUGUGAAAGAUACAAAAAAGAUAGCGAAAAAUAAAUGCAGGUCGUAUUUUUUGUUGUUCAAAGCAGGAGAUUUUGGUUUUCUCCCAGUACGCCAAUAGGACAGGGUGGGGCUGUCCCUGCCUCCCAUUUUUAACUCAGGUAGCAGUGGCAGCAAGAAGCCCUUCCUCCUUAGCACUGUCCCUACUGAAAGGCCCCUUCAGGUUCUAGGUCCAAAUGAGUGGAGUGAGCUGUGCCAGCCACACACACGAAGGAAACAGCCCUGGCUGUUGCUGGGCAUCGCGCCUCUCUACCAGGGCUGGACACUAAGUUCUGAACCAUUCACUCCCGAAGGUCUUUUCACUUUUACAGCUCCUCACCCUAACUUAUCACCUUAACUUUCACCUUUCAACUGCUAAAAAAACUUUACGAAAAUCCCCUGAAUCUUAUGAAGUAGCUUUUAGUAGUGGAUCUGCUCUUAUGUGAACAUUAGAAUAUCAAGUAUUAGAAUAUUGCAGUAGCAUAAACUAAAGAAGAAAUUAAAGUGUCACUAUAGCAUUCAGUCGAGCUUGAGACAUUAGCUCGGAUUUGUGCCAGUGCCUUAAUUUAUAAAGGUGACUGACAAUACGGAGAGGUUAAUGCUGUUGAAAAAAAGUUUGUUGUUACUGAUAGUCCACUGGAAACAGAGGCAUGGCGCAACAGGUGGGCCAUAUGGGGAAGCCCCAGAGCCACUCAGGAAGUAGAAGCAGGACGAAGGGUGGAGACCUUUCGUUGUGUUUCUGUGAGGAAGGCAGAGCAAUGGAAGCAGCUUAGAACUGGUGAGGUUGAGUAAUGUAAUGUUGGUGAACUCUGGGCUCUCAGGGGGUCCCUAGUUGUCUGGUGUCAGUCCUGGGGGAUCAGGGCCCAGGAGUAUUGGCCCUGCAGUGUCAGUGCUAGGCAGAGAGGGUGGCUCAGAGUGUGGGCUCUGGAUUCGUUACUUUUCAUGUGAAAGGCGUCCUUCCUGCUAUCUCUAAGAAUUCAACAGGAAGAACAAUCUCUCCCUAGUCAGUAAAAGUGUCACAAAAUAUGAAAAAAGAUACCAACCCACGAUUAAACAAGCUUGUUCUAGCAUUUUGGCAACAGACUCUCUAAGAGGUCUGUACUCUCCAAAUGAGUAGGUAUCUCUGCAGAGGGGCGACCCGGGCCUGCGGGCACAGCCCUGUGUGUGCAGAAGCACUGCAGCAGUCCUGCAGCAGAGGGACAGCCCUGCAGAGCAGGGCACCCUGGGCGUGUGACGUCCCGGGAGGAAAGGUCAGACCCAGUCAUAACAACACACUGAGGAGGUUUGCCCAGAUCAUAAGGCUAAGUUGGCAUAUGUAGCCCUUAGGACAAAUGGAGUUUGCCACCUAGAUUUUCUCUAGCCUUUCACUUUUAGGGAUCAUUUGACAACAUUGUGUUAGGACCUUCGUUACAUAACUACUCUUGUAACUUGAAUGGUGUGGUCAAGUAUUGCACUGCUAACAGUGUGAUCCAUGACUGGCUUAUCUUACCUCUCAUCCAGCUUACUCCAUCCCAUCCCCAAUACACACAAUUUUCCCCUGAACUCUGGAGAAAAAAAAAAAAAAAGUUGAUAGGUUGUAAAGCUCUAUUUGUAUAUUGCUGUUCCAUGCUAAUAGGGGAUGUGUCAUUAGCAUCUUGAUCUUUAGUCGUGAAAUGAUUUUAUCAGUUAAAAAUUUGAUGUGUAUUUUUUCUAUUAGAAGAGCAGGUUUGAACAAGUAAGUUGAUAUAGAUAAACUUAAAAACCAUGCUUUUACCUAUUUAGCAAUAGGCAAUGUGUUAUUACAUUCAUAUAAUGUAGAUUGUUCCUCUUGCCUUCCUUUUAUUUCCUAAGUUCAAGUCAGGGUUAAAGAUGUAAAAACCAUAUUUGGCAUUUCUUGCUGCUUAAGUGAGGGCAGACUGAAAUGUUGCAAUAUUUACUUUGUGUAUUCUUGUACUGUUCAUUUUCAUUCAUUGGAAUUGUAUAUCUAAUGUGUGAUAUUUGGAGUAAAUAAAACAUAUGGUGUUGUAAA